AUGCAGAGGCCACGGCGAUGUGACAACAGAGGAGGUUGCGAAGGCGCUCCGGACCUGCUUCGGAGUCCAGCGGGGAGACGUCAGGGUGUCACGACACCGGCCGGAAAAUCUUCCUCGCCAUCUUCAAGUACCCGCACCACCGUGACACCGCGGUGGCCUCGAAAAGGCUUCCUGUGGGCAACCUUGAAUUCUGCAUUUGGCCCUGGCGCAUUCUCCCCUACGAUGACAAUGAACGCCGCGGCCGCCGUGAUGGAAAGAGCGAGCGCUGGGGAGCAAGCCUGCUCCGAAGCCUCUCUCGUGCCCCCGAGCGGACGAGUGAGAGAGAACGCUCUGAGUCAAGGCAUGGCCGACGCGACAGCAGUCCACGGCACCAGCGACGUCGGCCCGCAACCGCAAGCUGCCCCGGCAGAGAGACAAGCCCAGUCCCCACCCCCAGCGGCCCCAACUCACCACGUCGACGCGUCAGCCAGUGGGGUGCGGAUCGGCCAGGUGCUCCUCGUCGACACGGCGACACCAGAGAUGGAGCCCCAUGGGGAGAUGACGUCCCCACCUACCCAGCCGUGCGAUCAGCUGCUCCAUUCGACACGGCAGGAAGGUGUCAACCCCAUCUUGUCGCCUGUUUCAGAGCCCAAUGGAACCCUGCCACAGGGCGCGAGGGAAGGGGGCUACAGCGUUUGCUCCCACGGCAACGCCACCUGCAUCGCCGGUCACGAGGGCUGCCCCGCCUACUCCUCCGGCCGCUCCAACUGCUUCACCAGCGAUACCGAUGAGCAUCACCCAUGGCCGCACUAUGGAGCGCCAAGAGGGUCGUCACGGCAGUGCCCGCAAACGUUCCACACCAAGAAAGGCGCCCAGAACUCCAGCACUGAAUGUCGACAGCAGCAACUCCCAGAGGGGCAACCCCGGCCGUCCUGA